UUCAACCCAUCCCUUCUUGGCUAGUUCUCUCACACACACUCUAUAAAUACCCCUGUGGAUAAACUUCCCUUGUUCUUAUUUGUUACUACUACUGCUUUGCCUUCAUACUUAACUCAAUUCUAGUUUUGUAGAGAGAAGAAAAAAACCAACCACUCUUUUUCUUUCAUUUGCAAUUUCUGUGUCACCAAUCAUACACACAAUGUCGGCUUACAGAGACGAGGAUCCCCGUCUUCAUGGCAUCAAAACUAAGAUUCGUGUUGUCCCUAAUUUCCCCAAACCUGGUAUUAUGUUCCAAGACAUUACUACUCUGUUGCUUGAUCCCAGGGUCUUUAAGGACACCAUAGAUUUGUUCGUUGAGCGAUACAAAGGCAAAAACAUUUCUGUUGUUGCAGGAAUUGAAGCUCGGGGUUUCAUUUUUGGUUCUCCCAUUGCACUGGCAAUAGGAGCAAAGUUUGUACCAUUGAGGAAACCGAAAAAAUUGCCUGGCAAAGUUAUUUCUCAAGAGUAUAUUCUGGAAUAUGGAAGAGACUGUCUUGAGAUGCAUGUUGGAGCUGUUGAACCUGGUGAGCGUGCUUUAGUUGUUGAUGAUUUGAUUGCAACUGGAGGAACACUCUGUGCAGCUAUGGACUUACUAGAGCGAGUGGGAGCAGAGGUAGUGGAGUGCGGAUGUGUAAUUGAAUUGCCAGAAUUAAAGGGCCGUGAACGGUUGAACGGGAAGCCCUUGCAUGUGUUAGUGGAAUGUUUUGAGUGCUGUGAAUAGAUGAAGAUGUAGAUGGGGGAAUGCGUCACCACCAAGUGGGUACUUUCCUAUAUGGAAAUCCUCUGCUUCCUCCUUUUUAACGAUUAAUGAAAUAGAAAGACUUUCCCUAUUGAGACUCAAUGAAUGGCUUUGCCCCAAGAUUUUGAUGUGGAAAAAAUGCUUUUUGGGGCAAUAUGAUUGUAAUUGGAACUAGGAACAAUUACACAUAAAAUUAAUGACUCUGUAUGACCCCUUUGGUGUAUCCUCUCUUUGCUUACCCACCCUUCUAUUUCAAAUAAAACCAUUACUUUGACUACAGUAGAUUUCCAAGAUCAAAGAUCAAAAUUAAAAUAUGGAAUUUGCAUUGUUGGAUUUGGAGUAUAGUGGUUUGGUGUCCUUCA